CUAAGGUGUGUGGGAUACAUUUUCCUGACGGACAACCUACAAGAGAAAAUCCCUAUCCUGUGUUGUUCAUGGGUUAUGAAUGUCAUACAUUUUCUUUGAUAAGCAGGAUCUGCUUUCAUUGACGUCAUAAGAGGGCACCGGCAAAUGUCACACCGUUACACUUCGCAGGCACGCAGUAAUGGCGACAGGCAAGAUGGCGGCGCUCAUAGAGUUCGCGGUGGAUUUGUGUAUAGAUUUUCCUAUAGCAGCAAUAAAACGUGCAUUAUAAAUAUUGUUUGAAGAUGUUAAGGAAAUAAAAAAAUGAACCUGUAGCCUACAUGAACUGUAAUUCCAGAUAAGUGCAAAAUCGCAUGUAAUCUCCUGCACUUAAUUUUACAACUCUUUCUAUUUAUUUAUUUGCCUCAAAAUGAACAAUAAUUGUGUUGGUAUGUUGGUUUUUACAAAACAUAUGAUUUAUUUCAAUAGGUUUUGAAAGCAUGGGCCGACUGCACCAAAGCAAGUUGGAACAUCUUGUCUGGACCCCUACAGAACAUACUACAGCCCAUGUCUUGCUGUUUUAGUCACCUCUGUUUUUCUGGUUUUAUGUGUGAUAAUGAAUUAACAGUGUAACCGUGUUCUCCAGGUGUUGAAUGUAAAAAAGGGCUAAACUUUUGUUUCCCUGUUCUAUGACUUAGUUCAUUAGUUAAUUUCAAUAUUAAACUUUCACAAUAUUACAAUUCAAGUGCAUCAAAUGAUGUUUACAGUCCUACAGAAAUAUCGCUGUCCAUGGUACUGAAUCCAUCAGAUUACUGACAAGCCAGCACAUCAAGUGCUUGUAUUCAGCUGCCUCUCUCAAGGGAUGUUUCCUGCCAGACAGACCCCCUGGAAACACAUACUGUAGGCACACAGCUCUCCUUAAAGACUCUGCUGCCCCACUUUAGAAGUGAAGGUGUCCAGGCAAAUGUCUCCUGCAAAGAUUUCGGUGUUGGGAUGUCCAAUGCAGACCCUUUGGGCCUGUCAUCGACACCUGUGAAGAGACCUCGUCUAGACCUCGAUGAACAGCUGGAGGACGAUGCAUUGGAGCACAGCUCUUUAGAGGAAGCUUUAAAGGGACAGGAUUCCACUUCGUUAGACUCUACACUUAAGUUAGCAGAUUCAUCCACUCCCACCCACAACAGCAAAAAGUACAUAGUGUACGAGAGCUGCAUCAUGGAGUUGUUUAAUGUAUGUCCAGUCUGCACCCGGGCAUGUGAUGUGAGGACCCAAAGGCUGGGGACAUUCCUGUCUGUGAAGCAGUGGUGUCCCCGCUGCACAUUUACAAGACACUGGAAUAGCCAGCCUGUCAUUGGGAGCGUGCCGUCUGGAAAUCUGCACCUUUCUGCCGCCGUGUAUCUGAGUGGUGCAUCUUUCAUACAAAUCGAAAAGGUCUUCAAGGCAAUGAAGCUACAGUUGUUUAGGUAUGAAACGUUUCAACGCCACGCCAGAGCUUUCAUUGAGCCAGCAGUAAUUCACCACUGGAAAGCCACACAGGAUGUGAAUCUGCAGUCGCUGAGUCAGGAGGAAAAAGUGAUAGUUGGUGGUGACAUGAGAGCUGACUCUCCAGCCCACUCUGCAAAGUAUGGCAGUUAUGCAACGAUGGAUCUCCGUACUAACACCGUUGUGGACAUUCAGUUGGUUCAGAGCAACGAGGUUGGUGGUAGCUGCCACAUGGAAAAAGAGGGCCUGAAAAGGAGUCUAGCUUUACUGGAGUCGCGUGGCGUCAAUCUUGAUUGCAUCGUCACUGAUCGCCAUCCACAAGUACAGAAGUUCCUCAGAGAGAGAAACAUAACCCAUUACUACGAUGUCUGGCACAUGGCAAAAGGAAUUUCCAAGAAACUGGAAGCAAUCAGUAAGCAGAAAGACUGUGAGAAACUCAAGAAGUGGAUGAAAAGCAUCAUCAGUCACAUAUACUGGACUGCAGCUAGCUCAACCUCCGAACCAGAGAGGAUUGCUAAGUGGACCACGAUCCUGAACCAUGUUCGAGAUGUUCAUACACAUGAGGAUCCUCUUUACCCCAAGUGUGAGCAUGUGAUCCGCAAGACAACUGACAAGAGUAAAUGGCUCCAAGCAGAUACUCUAGCUUUUUACAAGUUGGAGAAGUUGCUGACAAAAAAAAGAACGCUGAAGGAUGUUGCAAAACUGAGCCCCCACCACCAAACUUCAUCUUUAGAGGCUUUCCGUGCCGUCAUCCUUCGUUUUGCCCCAAAGAAUGCUGUCUUUCCUUUUAUUGGGAGGUUGUGUAGACUAUACCUGGCUGCUAUGCAUUAUAAUGAAAAUGCGGACCGACCACAGGCCGAAACGGAGGAAGGUGUACCUGUCUUCAAAAUCUCAUUUCCGAAGUCUAGGAAGGAAGAGUGUGGAGUUGAACCUCAAAAGACUCAGCCGACCUUUGGUUAUGUUGCUGACACGAUGGACCUCAUUUUUGAGAAAGUCUUUGUUAACCCUGUGCCAUACACCGAUGCGCUGUUGGCCAUCCCUGUCCCAGAGGACCUGAGUCCCUGAGUUUGAGAAGCUCGAUGAGGAGGAGGUCAUUGCCAGCUUUGUUUUCUGUGGAGAACAGUUUAAACCAUACGUAGUGGCCUUUCCUCAUCAGGAAAUUCACACAAGCUGGAAUAAUGACCCGGAUUCUGCGUCCCAGGAGUCCUCAGCACCAGCUCACAAACGAACGAUAGGAGAGAUAUCUGUAGCCACUGAACAAUUGAUAUUUAGUCUGGCAGAGAUCUAACAUUGUUUGUGUUAUUAUACAAAUAUUACUUUGCUCCUAUGGAUCAUAUUCAAUGCUUGUUUUGUAACAUUUUUCAAGUUUUUAUUUUCUCUUGUUGUAAAUAAAUAUUGACACUGUCUACACUACUGAAUGAAAAUUAGACACAAGGUUGGUUGUUGGAAUAAACAGUCAAGACUCA